AUGCUUGACGCUGUGAGGAGGGCCAAGACUAUUGAGCUUCUCCAAGCUCUCGCGGACACGGAGCCUUCUCCUCCCCUGACCUCCAGCCUCUCCGUGGAGGGCUUGGACGCCGACUGUGAAAAUGAAGUGUCGGGAGCCACCUCCUUCUCGCCGUCCCCCCGUUCAGACGAGGAUGUGCCCGGCCCGUCGUCUGCGUGUGCCCUCCCUGACUCGACCGGGGCAUCUGCUUGUGAGGAGCAGGUGCCAGAAGCUCGUUUUCCUGCAUCUAUCGUCACUUUUGUGGAAAGCUACAAGCGUUUUCUGGAGGGCGGGUGCCCCAGCGCCAAACGCCGGGAGAACGUGGGGUCUGCUGUGAAUCGGGUCAGUUGUUUUCUCCAGCGUAUGGCGUCUGGUUGUAAUCAGCUGGGCACCUGGCUCUUCCUGGAUGACGUUGGGCGUAUUCAAAGUUGUGCGCACGAGCUGAUGUCGCAGGGGAGAACCGUCACCACUGCCUGCACUCAUCUCAAGAACGUGUACCAGUUCCUCGAGUAUUUUACAGAAACUCCUCCACCAUCAUGCAGGUUGUCAAGAGCCCAGCAAAUCGGUGUCUUGAGGGCAUUGAAGAACUGCAUUCGCCAGCUGCGUAAAGACGUGGUGCUUCACCAAAUAACAGUUAAAGAUGCCAAGGUGUCGCGCAUCAUUUCAGCACAGACCCUAACAAAGUGCCGGGACUUGGCCCGCUCCAGAAUCCCUCAGCUGCUUGACAUGAUGGAGGACGACAAAUCCCCCGAGCUGAGGCAUCGCUUCUACGGCUACUUUUCUGCCCUGAUCGCCUCUGUCUACGGUCACCGGAUUGGCGUUCUUAUCGGCAUGGCUGUGUCUGAGGUGGAAGCUGCCAAGGCACGUCAUCAGUCAGAGUCUCUGGGCUUCGUUGUGAAUGUGAGGGAGCACAAGACAAACGGUGCCUUCGGUAUGGCACAGAUCUACUUGAACCACGAGGAGUUCUCCUGGGCUGAACGGUGGCUAAAUAUGCGGGCUGCUCUGUCUCUGCCGGAGGGGAGGUUUCUCCACACCACUUCUAACAGCCCGGGCAAGAUUCUCCUCAAGUAUCUCCGGGUGGUGUGGGAGGAGAUGGGGCUUCCAGGAUUACCUUCCUUCACAGACAUCAGAACGUCUGUGGCUACGCAUGUAAAGAACUUUCACAGCGCUGAGGUUCGCCGAAGAUUGGCCAACUUCAUGUGUCAUGACACCUCGACCGCUGACAGAUUCUACGCAAUGCAUCUCACCGCUGAGCAAGCGAGAACGAUCAGAGUGCUUUUCGAGCAGUCGACAUCCAACGCAGAGGCCCAGGCAGGAGAGCCGUGA